AGGUGCUUACUGAGAGCUCAUUCCGCCACAUCCGCGCACUACAUUCCAUCCGGUCCAACCGCUUGAAUGCUAGAGGAUGACUUCGCAGCCGGUCCUUGCGCAACCGCCUUAUACAUCGCACAUUCGCGUACGCGAGAUGCCGAUGACAGCUGGGUUAAAUGCCCUCUGUGGCUGAUCCAUCCGGCGAGCGGGACAUCGAGGUGACUUGAGAGUAGAUAUAGAGUCUUUUCUUCCCAUAUGUUGACAACAGGCUAUUUCACCUCAUCCGCAAAGCCGCAACGAUGUUCAGCCGCCCAUUUGCGUUUGCCGUAUCGGGUGAAGACGACUUAAUCCCAUUCGUUGACCCUUCUUUCACAUCAAAGACGUACGCGAGAGAGCUGAACCCAUUCGACGUUCUAACAGGAGCAACUGCGAAUACUAAAGAUGCGCUCUUCGACGAAGCCAUUUCUCCGUCCAGCAUGUGGUCGGCAUCAAGUCGUCCAAGCAGCAGCCCAUCCGUAGCAUCCGAGACGAAGCUGCUAAGCGCAAAUGUGCCGGCUCGUCGCAGAUUAGCCAAGGCGAACACUUUUCCAACGUACAAAGACGAGUCGCGGUCGAAAGUCCAGGAUCAACGAGCAGCGAAGAAGACGAUACUCGACCUUGUGCCCAUUGAAGAAGCGCAGACCUUCAGACUAGAGGGCUCUUUCAUAUACGCAACCAAGACGCAGAACGUGCCGCGAUACCAACUGCAUCGAGACUUUGACUGCGACGGAUCUGUGUCAAAGUUGCGUAUCCGCGCGGUACAUGCACGCGAGACGCGGUCAUAUUCAGUACCAACCACACAUGGGGUACACGACCACCCGAUCCACUACAACAGCGAUGAAACGCUAUACAGCAUAAAUAUCUUCGAAAUGCGAGGCAAGAAGGCUGGCACAUUUCCCGGCAGCAUCCAGAUGACGUCUGGGGAAUCAUUGUGGGGCGGCCAGUGGACGCGCAUCUGGCAUGUUACCAAAUGUAAAGCUCAACAUCACAUUUGCGAUUACAGGGGUACAUGUGAGCCAGAGAAACGUCUUUUGUACUGCAUACAGAAGGGUGUGUGGGAGGAUGCUGAGGGGUUGGUGGUUGCACGAGAGGAGAUUGGAAAAGAGAGGCUGAGUGCCGCGAAUGCGUCCCGAUCGCUAACAAAGAUGGGGUUCGAGACGAACAGAAAGGAACUUGCGUUGGAGAUGACGGAUGAAAUCGAGAAGGACGGGAAGAAACGCGAUUUGGUAAUGGCGUGCUGGGUGAUGAAGUUGUGGAUGGCGGAGGAACUCCGGUGGGAAGGAAAUUGAACGCGGGAAGGAGACGCCGAAUAGAAUGCAAGGCGUCCAGUCUCAGAUCAGUGAGUGGUUGUGAGCUUGUUGGAAUUACCUUUACCUUGAAUAAAACAUUGCAAUCGCGUUGCAUGCUUGCAGUGAUCUUGAUGCAAAGAAAUCGAUGUGCGUCACGUGGUUAGGUAUUGUGAGCUACGCGCCCGCACCCGCACCAAGUGGUGACAGCUGUCAGUUGGAUGCCCCUGCAUAAGACAGUAGUGCAGUAGAUACGAUUCCAAGUCUCGUCUUGUUGCUCUUUUAAAAGCAAGC